GCGCGCGCAGGAAGACAUGGCAGCUGAUAUUUAGCCGUCAUCUCUCAGACUCGACCUGUUUGAAGCCGGGCCCUGUAUUAAUAUUUAAUGUCCCCGCCGUGACUGCGUGAAUGUGUUUCUAUUAUUACCGUGGCGUUGCGUGGAGGGCUCUAGCUGCUUCCAGUUGCACGUUAGCAUGCUAGCAACGGAGCGAGGAGUUCAGUGAGUUUGAACAUGCUGCCGUCCACUCAUACGGUGAAGCAGUAAGGAUGCUUUAAAGGUCAAAGGGCAUCUGGACAUUGUAACGUGUGUAUAACUAUACACUGACGCUGCUAAAUCUAAGCUCUGGGGGGCGUCUGGAGGCGGUAGCUUGCUCUUUGUUUACCCUGUGAGAUGGUUUAAUGAAUGGUUCGACUGACUCAUUCAGAAUCUUUACUCCUUUACUAGUACAGGGCUGCAGCAACGCUGCCACUUGAAGUGAAGUGAACGGGUUCCAGGUGACGGAUGAGAAGCACCAGCCAUGACUGUGACAUGAAGCAUGUUCAUAAUAAUACACACUGUACGGAUACGUGUAAGAUGUUUUUUGAAUGAUGAAGCAGAUGUUUGAUGUUCUCCUCUCUCAGCAUCACCAUCCGUUGCCUCCAUGUGAGAGGAUGACUGACUUUACAUUAUGUUUCUAAACAUUUUUUAUUCAGCCUGACACAUCGCGGUAUAAAAAGUGACACAAAAAGAUGCUUUCCCGUGCCUUGAGAAUGACACAUCCACAGCCCAGGAGGACUCCACCGGCAGGCGCUGAAUGUCAGCCAGACUAAAUGCUAGUGACAUUUCAUUUGAUCUAUACUGAACCCUGUUAUUCAGCGUCGGCGCAGCGCUCCCAGAUGAUGAUGAGUGACACCGGCUGCUGAAAAACCCCGCAGAACUGGAGCCACCUUCCAUAUUUGCCUCCAUAUGUGUUUCCUCUCAACGCCACACAACCUCUCCACACACCAACUGGCCUGGCAGAAGGCUGGUCGUGUGCUCUGCCAUAAACAUCACCAACACUGACUAUAGUCAAUCUGGAUCCUGUCGUGUCGCAAAUCCACCAGAAUAAUUACCGGUCACUUGAUCAUAAAGAUCAAUUACAAGAAACAACAAUUAAUUGUUCUUAACUGAUUCCUGUUAUACUAAUAACAAUUUUCAUCUUUUAAAGGGGAUGAGGGUAACCAUGCACCGUGGAGCCUCCUCUAUCCAGCUGCCAGACAGAACAUUGAGUACAAACACAAAGUGUCAGCGCGGCUUCGUCGGCCGAUCAGCUGCGCGCACGGGUUCAACUGUUCGGCCUCAUACAAAGCAAAGUGUUUGCUUUUCCGACCGGAUAAGUGCCGAGCCGAAAACACCCACCUCCUUCUUGACGGUGCGCAGCAGCUUCUGACGGGUCUCUGCCUCUGAAACACAGGAACAGUCAGGAUUAGAGUGUCUGCCGCUCCAGCAGCUCCGCCCACUGCCCCCUGUCAUCACUUCAGGAGCAGCAUCCUCCUCUGGCUCCGACUUUACAGUCCGAUGCCCCGACAGGACUCAGCAGUCAUGGCCGGUCUGACCCACCACGGCUCCCCGAAACCCGGCUACAGCCCCAACAACCGAGUCCCGGUGCCGGUCAUCACACAGACGGACUCCCGGGACAAGUGGAGCAAGAAGAUGGACUUUCUCCUGUCUGUCAUUGGCUUCGCGGUGGACCUGGGAAAUGUCUGGAGGUUUCCGUACGUUUGUUACCAAAACGGCGGCGGCGCCUUCCUCAUCCCCUACAUCUUGAUGGCCAUCUUCGGCGGCGUGCCGCUCUUUUACAUGGAGCUGGCGCUGGGGCAGUUUCACAGAACCGGAGCCAUAUCCAUAUGGAAGCACAUCUGCCCUAUCUUCAAAGGUAUAGGCUACGCCAUCUGCAUCAUCGCUCUCUACGUGUCCUUCUACUACAACACCAUCAUCGCCUGGGCCCUCUUCUACUUCUACUCCUCCUUCUCCACCAUCUUGCCUUGGACCAGCUGUGACAACGUGUGGAACACUCCCGACUGCACCAACUACUUCGGCGUGGACAACGUCACCUGGACCAAUUCCUCCAGGUCUCCGGCGGAGGAAUUUUACACGAGGAAUGUUCUUGAAAUCCACAAGUCUUCAGGCCUGAGGAACGUCGGGGGCGUUCGCUGGCAGCUGAUGCUCUGCCUCUUUCUCAUUUUCACUAUAGUGUAUUUCAGCCUUUGGAAGGGUGUGAAGACUUCAGGGAAGGUCGUGUGGGUCACCGCCACCCUGCCCUACAUCGUGCUUUUCAUCCUCCUGAUCCGAGGCGCCACUCUGCCGGGAGCCUGGAGAGGAGUGGUCUUCUACCUGAAGCCCCAGUGGGAGAAGCUGCUGGAGACCAGCGUGUGGGUGGACGCUGCGGCUCAGAUCUUCUUCUCUCUGGGGCCAGGCUUCGGCGUCCUUCUGGCUCUGUCCAGCUACAACCCCUUCACAAAUAACUGCUACCGUGAUGCCAUUGUGACCAGUUUGGUGAACUGUCUGACCAGUUUUGUGUCCGGCUUCGUGAUCUUCACGGUGCUGGGCUACAUGGCAGAGAUGAGGAAGGUGGAGGUUGAGGAUGUAGCCAGGGACAAAGGACCCAGUUUACUCUUCAUCACGUACCCAGAGGCCAUUGCAAACAUGAUGGGAUCAACCUUCUUCGCGAUCAUCUUCUUUGUGAUGAUGAUCACGCUGGGACUGGACAGCACGUUCGGCGGCUUGGAGGCCAUCAUCACCGCCCUGCUGGACGAGUACCCGGAUCACCUCUCUCACAGGCGCGAGCUCUUCGUCCUGGGCCUGGUGCUCGUCUGCUUUUUGGGCUCCCUGAGCACGCUCACGAAUGGCGGCGCUUAUGUGGUGAAGCUGCUGGAGGAGUUCGGGGUCGGGUGCUCCAUCAUUGCUGUGGGCUUCCUUGAAGCCAUUGCGGUGUCCUGGUUCUACGGCAUCCAGAGGUUCAGCAGCGACGUCCAGGCCAUGCUGGGCAAAGCCCCGGGUCUGUUCUGGAAGGUGUGCUGGGUCGCCAUCAGCCCAGCGUUUCUGGCAUACAUCAUCGUGAGCUCCAUGCUGAAAGCGCCGCCCCUGACGCUGUUUGACUACAAGUACCCGGACUGGAGCAUCACCGUGGGCUACAUCAUCGGCUUCUCCUCCUUCAUGUGGAUCCCCAUCUACAUGGUCUACAAGCUGGUGUGGACCCCGGGAUCCCUCAAACAGAGGCUGGCGGUGUGCCUGAGGCCGGAGAGGACCAUCCCAGACAUGCACCCGGACAGCCUCAACAUGGCCGCCGUGCCCUGAACGCGCCCACCGCCCCACAUUCGAACCCCAGUUCUUUGCUACCGAACCUGAACGUCACCUGACACCACGACUGUUACCCGCCUUCGAUUUCACACACUCACAAAGCUUUCUAUUUCUUUUUCAACCACUAAAAUACGAAGGGCACAGUUCUUGAUGUUAUUUUCAAUUAGAAGGCUGUCGUGUGUAUUUCUAUAUAUUUCUACUUUUGCCAGUGUUAUGUUUGUAACGCAGUGCUUGUAUCGGAUCGAUCUGCUGAACAUGUUGCUUUUUCCCCACAAGUGUCACAUUAACUGAAGCACUACAUUAAAAAUCCAAUGUUCUUCUAAUAAUUCUGCAUUAUUUUACAUAGAAAGUGGAUGCUUUGUAUUUUCAUGUGAACGAGCUACUUUAACUCUGUGCACCUGUUUCUGUAUAACUGUAGAUUUCAUAUUAAAAAUCAGUCCUUUGGCUCCAGAUUGUGUUGUGAUUGUGUUUUGUUUUAACCCGCCUAAAUCUGAGAGGCUGGUCAGAUGUUUGCAUAUUGUGACUUUUUGGAUAUAUUUUUACUAUAAUAAUAAUUUAAUGAGCCAAAAUGUUCUUGGUAGGAGCCUGGUUUGUGUAAACAGAUCAGAACGGAUUUUGUGUUUGUUAAACAUGAACAUCAUAAAUAUGUGAUGUAUAAUAUUUCAAAUUCAAUGCCUGGCCUGUAUUAAAG